CCCUUCUAAACAUUUUUAUCCCACACUAAGAAUUAAGAAUCACCCCUCAGCCAUCUGUUCUCUCCUGCUCCAAACCCCUCUAUUUUUAUCUCAGACCUCUCUCAUACUCUCUCUGACUCUCUUCCAUUAAGACACAAAUCCAGCAGUUCUUGCUUUGAUCUUCAAUGGCUGUGAUACUCGACAAUUGUGAAGGAAUAUUACUAUCAUUGGACUCCCACAAAUCAGUGCCAGCACCAUUCCUCACAAAAACCUACCAACUGGUAGACGAUCCCACCACAGACCACAUAGUUUCAUGGGGAGAAGACGACACUACUUUCGUUGUUUGGAGACCUCCCGAGUUUGCUCGUGAUCUACUUCCAAAUUACUUCAAGCACAACAAUUUCUCUAGCUUCGUCAGACAGCUCAAUACUUAUGGUUUUAGGAAGAUUGUACCAGACAGAUGGGAGUUUGCCAACGAGUUCUUCAAGAAAGGAGAAAAACAUUUGCUUUGUGAGAUCCAUAGAAGAAAAACUGCGCAGCCACAAGUGGCAAUAAACCAUCACCACCAUCACCACCCACAUUCUCCUUUGGUUAAUGCCCCGAGUUUCUUUCCAUUUCCAAGCCGAGUCAGCAUCUCUCCAGCUGACUCAGAUGAACAAGCCAACUGGUGUGACUCGCCACCACUUUCUUCACCAAGAGGAGGCACUGGAGUCUCAGUGGUUGCUGGCGGUGGUGGCGGCGGGGGUGGAGGCUACAGCAGCUCGGUCACAGCUUUGUCAGAGGACAACGAAAGGCUGAGAAGAAGCAACAAUUUGCUUAUGUCUGAACUUGCCCAUAUGAGAAAGCUUUACAAUGAUAUUAUCUAUUUUGUGCAAAACCAUGUCAAGCCUGUCACUCCAAGCAAUUCCUACUCUCCUUCUUUACUUCUUUGUGGCCCUCCUUCAUCUGCUGCUCCUCCUGUUGUUACUACCAAUAGUUCAUUAUUGCAAAAGCCUUUGAACCAGCUUCUUGGGUAUUAUCCAAAUAGUCCAAAGCAAGCUCCUCAAGUUCAGGUUUUGAACUCCCCAAGUGCUACAUCGCAAAGCUCCUUGACGAUUUUGGAAGAAGCAAGCAGCAAUAGUUGCAAAACAAAGCUCUUUGGUGUGCCUUUACAAUCCAAGAAGAGGUUGCACCCGGAGUAUGGUGCAGCUAACAUGGAGACUAACAAGGCACGUUUGGUCUUGGAAAAAGAUGAUUUAGGGUUGAAUCUUAUGCCUUCAUCAACAUGUUAGUUUCCCAUAUCUAUUCAAGAAAUAUUAGCUUUCUUUUUGAACUUCUUCUUUCUGUUUUUAGUUUUUGUUUGAUUGUCUUUGUUAUCUCUUAGAGUCUGAUGAUAUUGUUGAUGGAAAUUGUUCGAGUGGGGUGUGUGGGUGUUUGUGACUGUGUAUAUAUAAUUUUAGUGCCGGUAAUAUUUUGUUCCCCCUAGCCACAUGAAUGCAGGUGGGUUUUGGUUAGAGUGAAGAUGAAAGCAAAGUUCAAAAUCUCAACACCAAUCUUUUUCCUUGA